GUGCGAGCCUGCGCGCGGACAAUUCUUCACGGUGCGAGCCUGCGCGCGGACAAUUCUGCACCGUGCGAGCCUGCGCGCGGACAAUUCUGCACCGUGCGAGCCUGCGCGCGGACAAUUCUGCACCGUGCGAGCCUGCGCGCGCGGACAAUUCUGCACCGUGCGAGCCUGCCCGCGGACAAUUCUGCACCUGCAUGUGGACAAUGAUGCGAGUUUUCUGCGCAGUGCGAGCCCUCGACCCCUCCACAGUGGACAGAGGGGGUAGGGUAGAGGGCGAACAUAGAUGAUUGGAGAUCAAAUGCGGGGAGCGAUAUGGGGGAGAGGAUGAACGUGAUGGGGGAUAGAACAAUAAGGAAAAGUGACGGGAGAGGACGAACACGUUGAGUGAAAUGGGGGAAGGAUAGAUGUUUGGAGUUAGAUAGGGAAGAGGACGAACAUUUGGAGUUGGAUAGGGGGAAAUCAGGCAAAGGGGAAUGUUAAGAUUGGAGUGAUGUAUUAAUCCCACUAUUUUUCUGUGUCAGGUUGAGUUAGUGAGAAAGGAAAUGGCUUGGGAUGCUGAAAAACACAGCAUAGCUCUUGAGAAGCUUGAGAAAUGGUUCAAGGCAGUGGUAGAGUGUGAGAGGAUCGUGGUCUGGUCUUUCGCAGAGAGCCACAGGGUGGGCACAUACCGUACUCCACGACCCUCAGACCAUUUUCUGGAGCAACUGGAGAAAGAGACGUCCUCUCAAGACCUCCAGACUCCCGGCACCGUGGCCUUUAGUGACGGAGUUAGGACUGGGAGAGGGGGAACUGCUGCCGAGGAGGAGGAGAUGGGAGGGAGGGAGUGGGAGAGGGAGGGAGGGGGUGAGGGGGAAGAGAGCGGCAAGCUUAGCAAGCAAGAGGCCAGAAGACUGAGACGAGAGAGGAGGAAGAGAGAGUGGGAGGAGCUGCUGGCUAGGAGGCCGGGGAAGGGAGAAGAGGACCCAGAGGAGGCGGCUCUGGUCCAGCAGUUCAAGGCCAACAUGGGAGACUACAAGCUAAAGACGGCCAGCGACUAUGUGGUACCGAAACACCAGAGAGUCACCUUCUCGAAAAAGAGACGGUCACUGCUGUUCCUCAGGAAUCAGAUAUUUGAGCGGAAGAGAGAGUACAACUCUAAACUGAUCGGUCUGAGGAACAGAAAGAAGGGUGUUCUUCAGAAGGCCUCCUAUUUACUGAAGGAGCUGGAGUCAGUUCAGAAACAGCUACCUCCCUCCCUCCACAUCUCUCCCCCAAUCUUCCCUCCCCUGAGACCAGAGGAGGAGCCAGAGAAGACCAGGGGAUACACACGAGAGACUCUGCUGCAGUUUGCGUCAGAGAAGGAGGAGAGAGAGCGGCUGGAGAGAGAGGCUGCAGCAGGCGUAGGGGAAGGGUUUGGGGGAUUUGGUGGAUUUGGAGGUGGAGAUGGAGGAGAUCAAGGUAAGGGUGGAGAGGGGGAGGAAGAGGGGGAGAAUGAGGCACCACCAGAAGAGGCGGGGGAGGGUGUUGUGAGAGAGGAAAUGGGUGAGACUGAUGAGGGAGUGCAGGGAGAGAGGCAGGAGGAAGAGGAACAAGAGGAAGGAGUCAUGUCGGAACUUGGCCUUGUGGUGCACCAGGAGCAGCAGAUCCAGGGUCUGGGGGUGAAACUGAAGCAACUGGAGAAGAGAGUGGCUCAGCUGCAGGAGCAAGAGAAAACACUCACCUCUCAGUUCAUGGAGAGAGUUGGAGAAGGCAACAAGUUCAAGGACUUUCUCCUGAAGGCAAGUUUCCCUCCUUGUCCUCACUUCCCUGACUGCCAGUGGGCGUGUCUGCAGGUGUUUCGGAAGAAAAUAAAGAGAGUAAAGGCAAAGGAGGAGAAGGGGCCAAGGGAGGGAGAGGGAGAGGAGGAAGAAGACAGUGAAGAUGAGAGUGACAUCAGCAGCUCCUCUGAGGAGGAGAGUGAGGCGGGGGAAGGGGGAGGAGCACUCAAUGACUCUGUGUGUCCGGCUGGCUGUGACCCCGCCCUCUUUUCCCUGGCGUGCUCACUGCGGGAGUCCCGGCUGGACUUAGAGGACACUCUGACGGAGGAGAAGAAAGCCAUGGACCAGAGUCGCAAGGAGGUCGAGUCCUCGAAGAAGAAGCUGAAGACAAUGGAGUCUCACGUCAAGACAGCUCAGAGUGAACUGGAGGCCUUUCAGCUGAAGAAGCAGCAGAAGCUGAAUGAGUUGAAUCGUGUGGUGGUCCUGAGGCUGCACCAGAUACUGCACCAUGGAGCAGGGCCCGGAGAACCUCCGUCCUCCAUCUCCUCCUGCCUCGUCUUCCCAGAGUCUUCCCUCGCCGACCUCUCCUUUAGGAUCUCCGCUGUGAAGGAGGAGAGGAAAAACGAGAAACUGAGAUUCAAGGAGCUGCACCACCAGCAUGUGAGACUGGUGAGGGAGAGGAGGGAGUUGGAGGCAAGGGUGAGAGAAUGGGAGGAGAAGGUCCAGCAAGCCAUGACCCUCAAGUUCGGUAGAGUGGUUGAUCUGGACUCCCUGGGAGCUGUCACCGCCAACCGCGCAGUGGACGACCUGCGAGCCAAGCUCAGAAACCAGGAGGAUGAGCAGGCCAGGGAACUUGCUGUCCUACAGACUCGAGUGGAGAGGGCCAAACACCAGCUGAUGGGUGUGGUGAGACAGAACACCCAGCAUCUUGUGAGAAUGAACAACCUCUUGACCUCCCAGCAUUCCCUGGAGGCAAGGCUCAACGCCAGACAGAAAUCUCUGCGCAGGGAGGUGGGAGGAGGGAGAAGUGGGGAAGAUGAGGAAGAGAUGGAGAGGCUGGAGCAGCUCACAAUGUUGCAGGCACACGAGAUCUCCACCCUCCAGCAGGAGAUCAGAGCUCUUUCUACCAAAGGAGGAAAAAUGUUGCCCCCCUCCCAGCCCCCCGUUGGCCCCCCUCCACCUGGCGUGUCUCCCAUCAUUUAG